AAUUUUAGCUAUUUUUUUUUUUUUGUUUGCACGUCAACUCUUCACGCAUACGCCCAUGAUCCUGCAACUUUACUCAACUCUUAUGACAUUCUUCGAGUUUUCAUGGUCCAUUUACUAAUUUGACAACUCUUUUAUUUUUAAUUGCCGCAUAACGUUAUGUAUAUAUGUGUAUCGUUCAUACUAAUAGCAAUCCAAUGCCAUUACAUUUAUAUAUGCCAGUGCAAAAAUAAGCCAGUUGCGGUAAUGUUUCUACGAUUAACUUAUGGGGCUUUUUUCUGGCUUUUUUGCAAUUUAAGUUUUCACCAAAAAGUUUCUUACCGUAUUAUUAAUAUGAGCAUAUAGAGACUCACAUAUGUACAUUCGUUCUGCUGACAUUAUUUUCAGGACCUAACAUUUUUUUUUUUUGUUUAAAUUUAAAAAGUAUAAGUUUCAUACAUUUUUUAAGAAAUUGUAAGUACUUCGUUUAAUAAUUUCCUUCUGCUUUAUAUGCAUACGUGUAAAUGGUAUGUACUCGUAUUUUUACCUUUAACAACAUUUUCCAAAUGGCUGUGCCAUAUUCCAUGCUAGCAACCUCUCCUCCAUCCAACCAACGUGCACACACACAUAUACACGCAAUUACAAUGCCACACAUACAUAUGUACAUCGCAGACGAUUUUUUAUGCCUCUUGCGGUUUUAAUACAAUUAUUUUUACUUCGACCUUUUUGCCUUAAUAAAUAUAAUUUAAUCUUGCUCAAAUUCGUUCAUCUAUAAAAUUGAAUGCAAACACAAAAAUAAAAAAAUCGGUUUUAUUAAAAACAUUUUGACAUUGGCAAAUACUAAAAAAAAUUAAUAGAUAAUAAACUUCAGAUUUAAGUAAGUAUAAUUUAAAUUUUGUAAAACUUAAUGACAGAUACAUGCAGUUGUGAAUCCUUCAAAUCAAAAUCUAUUACAGCAAUCAUUAUUUAUUAAUUUUUUUUAUAUAUUAUAUUAACUUUGUGUCGAAAUUUUUAUUGCGAGUAUACAACAUAACAACAAUACUUACACACAAACAUAUGUACACGCAUUGAACACCAACAAUAACAGAAAGGGCAGCGAGAAUAACUCUAUAGCACCGACAACGCCUACACCCACAUUUGCAUACGUGCAUACAUGCUUAUGUAAAUGCAUACCUAAAUGAAUAUGUGUAUGAGAAGGAAAAGUUAAUAAGAAGUAUAUAAAUAAAAAAAAUUAAAAACAAAUCAAAGCAAAGCAAAGUUAAGAAUUAGGCAGUAAGCUACGUGAAAUCGUCAGAAUUUUCGGUAUAGAAUUUAAUUCACCAUAAAAAGAUAUCGAAACUAAUAGGUACAUAUAUACAUACAUUUUUUUUUUUUUUAAUCUCGAGCAGUGAAGAAAAUAAAAUGAAAUCAAAUUAAUUAAUAUGAAAACAUAAGAAGAUUAAUAUUAAUAUUAGUGCAGCAAGCGUAUUUUUAAAAAAUAUAACUCUUGCAUUCGACAAUUACGAAAUAAAGUAAUUAUUUAAAUUAAAUUUUAUUAAAAAGAAAACAGAAAGUGAAAUAUAAUUUUAAGAAAACGCAUUUUCUUUUUCACUUUUACUGUUUUAUAUGUAUGUAUGUGUGAGUGUGUGGUUGUGGGUGGAAUGAGUGUGUAAAGAAGCAUAAAUCGAGUUAUUACUGUUUUUUUUAACAAUUGUUAUCUAGCAACUAUUUUUAGAUUUGGAACGUCGUACUAUGGGAGCUUAAGACUUAAAAAUUCUAAAAUUCCUGCAAAGUUUUCGAGAAUUAUCUCGAAGUAGUAGGUCUCUUCCCGUUGACCUACAUUUCUAAAUAUACUGUAGUUUUUUGCCAAAAGUGAGGAAAUUCGGUGUAGAUCCCUUCUAUCCCUCAUCUGCUGUUGUUGUUGUUGUAGCGGAAAAUUCCUGAAGUAUUUUCAAGGAUUGUUUCCGAGUUGACAGUCCUUGGCCGAAAAAUUUCAUUAACGUCGUUAAAUAGUUCCCAAAUGUAGAGGGUAUUUUUAACGAGAUAAUGUAUGAAAGGAGAACCACGAAGCAAAACAUUACCAACUCUUGCUUGGAAAAUGCUCCGUUAGUUCUUCUCUUUACUACUACUAGCAUUGUAUAAACUAAUACCUGUACAACGAUUCGAAGCGAUUUAUUGAAGGAAAUUUUAAGUAUAUUCCAGUGGACAGGAAAGGAAUUGCAUUUCCAAAUGACAUAGCCAUUUGAUUAUUUAUAUUUGUGUAUCCACCUUUCACAUGGUGUACAUACUUUUAGGCGCACGAAGUUGUUGAAACAGUGCACACUCAUUCAGUUUAAUUUCUGAUUUCCAAAGUUUUCAAUCACAUUUGAUUUCAAUUAUUUUGAAAACUCAAUAAUGUAAGCAAAUUUCGUUCAGCCAAAAUUAAACAAAAAAAAUUGUUAAUAAAAUUAAAAAUUAACUAUAAACAUUGCAUUGAUCAUCAAACGUUUUGACUAUGAGCGGAAAAGUAGGACCGCUAUCGCGUAUCUACAAUGGUAUGAUCGGCAUCGCGGAUAAAUUUGUACCGACCUCCAUGCGUCCGCUGUGGGAACAUCCAGCAGGUCCGAAAACAGUAUUCUUCUGGGCACCGAUAGGCAAAUGGGCACUCGUCAUUGCAGGCAUUGGAGAUAUGUAUACUCGUCCCCCACAUGCAUUAUCAGUGAAUCAAUGUGCUGUGUUAGCCACAACUGGUAUAAUUUGGUCUCGCUACUCACUGGUUAUAGUCCCUAAGAAUUAUUCCUUAUUUAUGGUAAAUCUGUUUGUCGCAACUACACAGCUCAUUCAAGUGGCACGCGCCUUACAGUAUCAGUAUAGUUUAAAAGAUAAAUCGGAGUGAAUAUUAUUUUAUACAAAAAGAAAUAUUAAUAUAUAUCGUUCAAAUUUGGUGGGAAUGAAAACGAGCAGUUUGGUAUCGCAAAAUUUUUUGAUCGUCGAAAACACCCCUUGGUCAAUACUCAACUUGAAGAGCUUUGACAAAUAAAUCGAAUAAAUAACCAAAUUCAAAAUAAGUGGACAAAAAAUGAUCGCAUUUUAUAAUUCGGUUUUAUGUACUCAAAUCAUAUAUUUUAAGUGAGCUGUGCUGUCAUCAAUGUUUUUUACUCAAUAGGCUUCGAGGAAAAUUAAACUUUAAAUGUACUUUUUAGUAAUAGCAAUUAUUCCUAAAGUAAAUUGUUUUUUUUUUUUAAUUAUAUUGUAUAAAUAAAGGUAAACAUACUUCUCGGACAAAAGUC